GCACAUGCGUGUUACCCUCAAUGGGCCGUGUAGUCAGAUAUGCCUGAUAGGUAGAUUUGCUGAUAGCCUAUAUAUGUGACACCUACCUUGGAGGGUUGUUGAAGUGCCGUGCGGAGGAAGUGGUCAUUUCAGAUCUGCAUUUGCUGAAGUCUCAAGCCGAGAACUAUGGUGAGCCACUGUGGACUGCUGACUGUGAAGAAUGAACCUGUGCCUCUGAAGAAGGUGGAGGUGGAGGUGCGGGUGCAAGGUCAUGUGGCCUCAGUGAGCUCCACACUGCAGUAUGAGAACCAGGAAAAGAGCCCCCUGGAGGCCAUCUUUGUCUUCCCGUUGGAAGGAGAUGCGGCCCUCUGCCACUUCAGUGCCAAGAUUGGGGAGGUAGAGGUGAAGGCGGAGCUGCGGGAGAAACAGGAGGCAAAGGAGGAGUACGAUGAUGCGGUGAGCUCGGGGCAGCAGGCCUUCCUCCUGGAGGAGAGCGAGAACAGCCCUGAUGUGUUUAAGCUGAGCGUUGGCAGCCUGCCCCCGGGGGAGAGCGCCUCCGUCACCCUGGCAUACGUCACCGAGCUGGCGGUGCAGGCCGACGAAGCCCUGAGGUUCUGCCUGCCCGCCGUCCUCAACCCCCGCUACACACCCCAGAGCACUGGGAGUGUCCCCCAGGUGACAGCAGCCCCUGAUGGUUCAGUGCCCUACACUCUAUCUCUGAGUGCCCACCUGUCUUCCCCCAGUCCCAUCUCCAAGGUUGAAUCCAACUGUGCUCUUGAACCCCUGAAGUUCCUCAACUCUGAGCGCACACAGGCGACGGUUAGUCUGGCCUCUGGUCAUAAGUUCGACCGUGAUGUCGAGCUGUUGCUGUACUACAGCGGUGCUCACCAGCCAACGGCCAUCGUGGAGGCGGGGCUGUCCAGCGCUCAGCCCGGUUCUCUGAUGGGUGAUCCUGUGGUCAUGUUGAGCCUAUACCCAGAGUUCCCAGCAGCGGUGAUGUCACAGCUGGCCUCAUGUGGGGAGUUUCUUUUCCUCAUGGAUCGGUCUGGUAGCAUGGACUGUCCCAUGCACAAUGGACAAGGGGCGCAAAUGCGCAUUGAAAGUGCCAGGGACACCCUCCUCCUGCUGCUGAAGAGUCUGCCCAUGGGCUGCUUCUUCAACAUCUACGGCUUUGGCUCUACCUACGAAUCUUACUUCCCAAAGAGUGUAGAGUACAGCCAGGAGACUAUGGACAAGGCAUUGGAGAAAGUGAAGACAAUGCAAGCAGACCUGGGGGGUACUGAGAUCCUAGAGCCCCUGAAACACAUUUACAACCAGCCUUGCCUUCCAAAUCAGCCCCGACAGCUCUUCGUCUUCACCGAUGGAGAAGUCUGGAACACCAAGGAGAUUCUGAAUUUGGUGAAACGCAACAUGCACUCUCACAGGUGUUUCACGUUCGGGAUUGGAGAGGGAGCCAGUAGUGCUCUGAUCACGGGCAUGGCCAAGGAGGGCUCUGGCCACGCCCAGUUCAUCACAGGAACGGACAGACUGCAGCCCAAAGUUAUGCAGUCGCUUCGCUUUGCCCUGCAGCCAGCAAUGAAGGACAUCUCUGUGAAGUGGAAUGUUCCAGGGGGUGUGUCCGUCGUUCCCCUCUCUCCACCCCUUAACGUGCUGUUCCAGGGUCAGAGGGCACUGCUGUAUGCUCAGCUCACUGGACAGUCUUCAGGGGGAACAGAGGGUUCUGCCACUGUGCAGUACACUCUAGGGGAGGAGCCAGUGCAGAACCAGCUCAGCUUCAGUCUCAAGCCUGGGGAGGACACUGGGUAACAUGCACCUGCGAGCACACACGUACACACACACACAUG